ACACCCAUACGUCAUUGAAAUGACCGUAUUCCGUCGGCCGGUGUCGUACAUUUUGCAGAAUCACCAUGGCGCUGAAAGAGACCGCUGGGCUGUACGAGACGCUGAAGGCGGAGUGGAACAAGAAAAACCCAAAUCUGAGUAAAUGUGGAGAGCUGCUGAGCAAACUUAAGGUUUCGUUACUGGAGCUGAACUUUUUACCUACCGGUGGGUCUGCGCUCACAAAGCAGCAGCUCAUUUUAGCUCGUGAUGUCCUUGAAAUUGGAGCUUUGUGGAGCAUCCUCAAGAAGGACAUCCCAUCCUUUGAGAGAUACAUGGCACAGCUAAAAUGUUACUACUUUGAUUACAAGGAAGAACUGCCCGAAGCUGCCUACAUGCACCAGUUACUUGGACUGAACCUCCUCUUCCUGCUGUCACAGAACCGCGUGUCCGAGUUUCACACAGAGCUCGAGAGGCUGAGUGCACGAGAUAUCCAGACCAACGUUUACAUCCGACACCCUGUGUCCUUAGAGCAGUACUUGAUGGAGGGAAGCUACAACAAGGUAUUUCUUGCCAAAGGAAACAUCCCCGCUGAGAGCUACACCUUUUUUAUAGAUAUUCUGCUUGACACAAUUCGUGAUGAGAUCGCAGGUUGCAUAGAGAAAGCAUAUGAGCAGAUCCAGUUCAAUGAAGCCACCCGUGUGCUUUUCUUCAGUUCCCCCAAAAAGAUGACUGAUUACGCCAAGAAGAGGGGCUGGAGUUUGAGCCCAGAUGGCUAUUACUCUUUCACCAGUCAGCAGCAGCGGACAGAAGAGGUGACCAUCCCCUCCACAGAGCUGGCACAACAGGUCAUCGAAUAUGCACGACAGCUGGAAAUGAUUGUGUAAUCCGCCCCCAGGAAAUACACUCAACCAUGUACAGACACACUCAGACACACACACACCGCUGAUCCAGCAUACAUCCAGUCAGCUCAAAUGCAGUUUCCCUGAGGAAUACGAAGUCAUUCAUUGCUGGAGAGGUUGAUUUGUUGCCAAUAUCAAAAAAAAAGAAAGAAAUUCAACAACGUUUAUAUUCCCUGUAUUAUUAUUAACCCUGUCCUGCAGCUCUUCCUGUCUGACGUGUGUUUUCUUUUUAAAAGAUGGGGAACAAAACUAUCACAGGUGACCAGUCUGUUCAGCAGUUGCUACACAUCUACCUUUUUAUUGAAGACAAAACUAUAAACACAACUCUUUUUUUUUUUUUUUUUUUUUUUUUCCCCCUAAAUUCAAGCAAACUUUUUUUUGUAUACAAAGUUCAUUUUCUCCUUAGUAGAGCUCACAGAAAUGUACUGCAGGCCUUGUAUCCUAGCAACUGAGAGAAUUGCUAUUGAAGUUUGAGUGUUUUCUAAAUGGUAAUGCCUCUUCCUCUCUAGAUGGUUUGUAAUCCAGUUGAUCUUGCAAUGCAAAUCUUUGUCUGCAAUAAA